CCACUUUUUAAAAAUCGAAAUUUUAUUGGAAUGGAUUCAGAUGGAUAUCCCCUACUGUUUGCUCAAAGCCACAACGAUCACUGUCAUGAACACUUGUCACCAGCUACCAGCCUUAAAUGAUUAACAACUGUGGGUCACAGUCGCCUGACCCCAUGACCGGUUCAACCAUAACCCACAUGAAAGUUCUCAAUAACGCAAGCUACCCUUUUGUUCUAUCAUGUCCAAAACGGUUUCGGAUGAAUUACAUCCUGUAUUCCUUAUAAUCCGCCGCCAGUGCCCCAUUUCAUCCCGCCAGUCGCUUUUUCUCCUAUUUCAUUUGUUUGUUUCUUAAAACUUGAUGCUCGAUUGAUUAUUACUGCUUGUUUCUGUCAUUCGUUCUACCUGAGGUCUCAUUCAACAUGCAAGUCUUAAGAAUCCUUCAAAGGCAUUUUCGAAGACAGACCAAAACUGUCAGUACCGCUUGGUCUAUUUGCUCGACCCUCACACCUUGGCCGUCCUCUCGGUCGAACUUCUUAUAUGGCAAGGACUGGGACUUUUAUGUAGCUCUCAUUUGCAUUGUCAUUCCAAUCUACAGCGUCACUUUCGCAAGCUGGGCUCAUGUCAUUUACUCCAUUGCCCUGGAUGAAUCCCACACUUUUUCAGCUCCGAGACGACUGCUUUUAGGCUGGUCCAUACUCGAGUGUCUGUUCAGUCUUUAUCAUUUGUCGGUGCAGCGCACUUAUCAAAGCCUCAUCAGCUAUCCAAAAGUUCCCUUGGAACGCAUGCGCUCACUGUACAGUGAUUGUUUGGAACAAUUGACUGAUUUUGAAGAGCAGCUUCCGCUUUGGUUCUUUGAUGCUCCUUUUUCUACUAUUCUUCGGGGCAACAUGAAGGAGUGGCUUUGUUGGGCCAUGUUUUACAGGCAUGUUGAUGCUAUUACAGAUGGAUCAGAGGAAGAUAUAUUUCUGGAGGAAAUGCUGGCCAUGCUGCAAAAUCGUGCCAACUAUACGUUCGAGCCCGGUCAUAAUCCCGCUGUGAAAUGUUGUCGCUUGAAUUUGGAUCCCGUUCAGAGCGUACACCGCCCGUUGAUAUUCUAUGCUACUGUACAUCUGCUUGAUACCUCGAUGAGCCUCUUGCUUAAACACUACGGCUUCCAGCGAUAUCCUUGUGGGGCACUAUCCUAUUGGCUACUACCAUGUAAUGCUGACACCACUGACAAUCGUCCUAUUUUGUUUAUCCAUGGAAUUGGAAUGGGUUUAUGUAGCUACGUUUCAUUUCUCAACUCUCUGUAUCAAAAAUCGAGAAAGACGAAUCGGCCCAUCAUACUCAUCGAAUUGCCCCAUAUUUCAAUGUCAUUGUUCUGCCAACGUCCUUUUCAUACAACUCCUUUCACCAUGUCAUCAACCUUGGCCGUGGUGGACGAAAUUUUCGAUCGACAUCAGUUGAAGAAAUCUGCCACCGUGGUUGGUCAUUCGCUAGGGACAAUCGUCGCAGGCUGGAUCAUAAAGGAGAGACCUAAUAUUGUUGACCGAACCGUCUUGAUUGAUCCUGUGUGUUUCCAAUUGUACGAGGCCUACUUAUGCCAAAAUUUUGUCUACAAGAUGCCAACCACCGGCUUUGAAUUAGUCCUAUGGUACUUCGUAGCCAAGGAGGCAUGCAUUGCAUGGUAUCUAGGAAGAUGGUUUUGGUGGCAUCAAAACAUCAUGUUUCCCAAAGAUUUUCCCUCUUUAGACCAAACCCAAGUGUUUUUAGCCGAAAAAGACCGAAUCAUUCACGCUCCCAGAGUUUACCAGUACUUGAAGAGAAACGAUGUCCCAGCCGUUUUAUUCGAAGGAUAUGGGCAUGCUGAUGCAUUGCUCAUUCAUACAAAGGAACAAGAUAGGAUGGUACAGGCUAUACUAAAGAACGAUUAAUACUUCUAAUAAGCAACAUUAUCCCCCCUAUCGUAAAUAUUGUGUAUACCAUUUUAUCAAUCAAACCGUUUGAGGCAGUUUUCUAUUUGUAUGCUAUACAGAACACUGCUGAUUCAUGAGAUGCCUCCAUAUGUUUCUAUUCGCCAUGAUUUGCAAUAAAAAUAAUAAUAAUG